AUGUGGACAGCAAAGAAGCUACGAAAGGCAUUUAUUGAGCAUUUUGAGAGUGUGGGGCACGUGCACUGGAAGUCGUCAUCCGUCAGCCCUGAUGAUCCUACGCUGCUCUUCACCAAUAGCGGAAUGGUGCAGUUUAAGAAGAAGUUUCUGGACUUGGCCCUCGCAGAUACGCCAUACGGCCAGCUGAAGAGAGCGUGCAACUACCAGAAGUGCAUCAGAGCAGGAGGAAAGCACAAUGACCUCGAUGAUGUGGGAAAGGACACGUACCACCACACAUUCUUUGAAAUGCUUGGGAAUUGGAGCUUUGGUGACUACUUCAAGAAAGAGGCAAUUGACUAUGCGUGGUCUUUUCUGAUUGACGUCUUGAAGCUGGACCCUGAGCGCAUAUACGUCAGCUACUUCCACGGGGAUCCUUCGCAGAACCUUCCAUCAGACACAGAGACGCAGAGUCUCUGGGAGAAGUAUCUGCCUCGCACAAGAAUCCUUGGAUUUGGCUCCAAAGAGAACUUCUGGGAGAUGGGGGCAGUGGGGCCCUGUGGCCCGUGCUCAGAGAUACACUACGACCGAAUUGGAAACAGAGAUGCAUCGGAUAUAGUCAACAAAGACGACCCAGAUGUCCUGGAGAUAUGGAAUAUAGUGUUCAUGCAGUACAACAGAGAAGAAGCAGGGCUCUCAAUACUGCCCAAGAAGCACAUUGACACGGGAAUGGGCCUGGAAAGAGUCCUCAGCAUACUGCAGAAUGAAAGAAGCAACUACAACACAGAUCUGUUUAAGCCGCUAUUCAGCACAAUAGAAAGCGUGCUGGGAAUAGGCCCAUACACUGACAGACUGGAGAGUAAAUCAGAUAUAGCAUAUAGAGUAAUAGCAGAUCACAGCAGAACUCUUGCAAUAUCACUCAUGGACAGCACAAUGCCAAGCAAUGAAGGAAAAGGGUACACAAUUAGAAAGAUCCUAAGAAGGGCUCUGGGAUUCCAGUACAUGCACCUGAAGAAGGCCCCUGGCUUGCUGCCUGUUCUAGUGGAGCAGUCAUUCAGGGAAAUGAGCACAGUCUAUGAGACAGAAGUGCCGGUGGAAAAGGCAGUGGAAGUAGUUCGGGAGGAGGAGAAACAGUUCACUAAGACUCUGACCAAGGGUCUCUCUAUCCUCAUGAAGAUGCUGGAGGAAGCAAAGGCAGAAGGUAAGCUAUUAUCGGGCCCUGAUGCAUUUAUUCUGUACGACAGAUACGGAUUUCCAAUUGAUCUAACCGUAGCUGUUGCAGAGCAGGAGGGCGCAGGCGUGGAUGCCGAGGGAUUUAAGAAGGCACAGGAAGCAGCCAAGGCCCUGUCCAAGAGCGCCCAGCAGGUAAGUGCAGACUUGCACCUCACAGUCCAUGAUAUCUCUGCACUAGACAGGAAGACAGAGAAAACAGCAACAGAUGAGAGCGAGAAGUACAAGGCAAAGGCCAUCAGCGCAAAAGUAGUCGGAGUAAAGACGGGAGGCGAGCUGGUGAAGAUGGAAGAGUUUGCUGAAAUAGCAGUGGAUGGUGAGUGCGGUAUCAUACUGGAUAAAACAUCAUUCUACAGUGAAGCUGGAGGACAGGAGGGAGAUGCAGGCCGCAUUCUGUUCAUGUCCAGUGACAGAGAGAAAGAUGGCCUCCACAGUGAAGUGUCUGGUAUGAGUAUAAAAGACAGCAGCGGAAUAGCGGAGGGUAAGACAGUUGGAAUGCUCACAGUAAGCGACACUAAGAAGUACGGAAGGUAUGUAAUGCAUAUAGGAAGAAUGGAGGGAAGAAUAUCAGACAAUGCCAUAUGCGAAGUAGACAAGAGCAGAAGGAAUAAGCUAGCACAUGCGCACACGGCAACACAUCUCCUGAACUAUGCUCUGACAAAGGUUCUCUCCAGGCCGGGGGAUACGCAGGAGAUAAAGCAGUGCGGGAGUCUGGUGAGUGAAGACGCACUGCGCUUUGACUUCCACUGGGCCCAGCCUCUGACCAAAAAAGAAAUAUCCCUGGUUGAGAAAACAAUUAACAAAAUAGUAGAGAACAAAGAAGCAGUGGUGGUAGAGUACAUGCCGUACACAGAGGCCGUUAAGAUAGAGGGAAUAAGACACAUGAAGGACGAAGAGUAUCCAAAGACCGUGCGUGUUGUGAAAGUGGAAAAUAAAGGAAACACAGAGAACAUAUCAGAAAAUAGCUCGGUAGAGCUAUGCGGAGGAUCUCAUGUUGCUAACACGGGAGAGAUAGGAAGGGUAAGAAUAAUGACAGAAGCCAGUAUAUCAAGAGGAGUAAGAAGAAUCAGCGCACUCUGCGGAGAAAAAGGAGCAGAGGUAGAGGAAACAGCAAGAGACCUGCUGAAGAUCAAAAUACUACCUGAAACAGUGCAGCAGAUAAGAGAUAGGCUAGAUGAAGUAAAUAUCCCUCUGGUAGAGGCCAGCCAGCUCAGAGAAGCACUUGAAGAAGUGCAGAAGCAGCAGAUAAAGGAAAGAAAGAAACACUUCGAAGCAGAAACAAACAGAAUGAAAAGUCUUAUCGGGCAAACAGAUGGUAAAAACAGCGGACUCCUCUUUGAGUGCGCACCAUUCCCAGGAACAACAGCGCAGCAGGUGAAUAAGAUGGUCGGGCCAAUGGUCCAGAUAUUUGACAAAGAAAAAAGAGAGGGAGCUAUCAUAUACGAAUCAGAGCAAGAGAUAAUAAUAAACGGAUGGGUGAGUGAUGGCGUGGAAAGAAUGAAAAAGGCGCUAGAGCCAAUGAGCUCGGUGAAGAUGGGAGGGAAGUCUCCCAGAUUCAUGGGAUCGGUGCAGGGAGACUUGAAAGCAGUCAGAAAAGCAGUGGAAGAGGCUAUGAAAUAA